GCUUCUCGAGAUCACCAGCCGGGCGCGCGCGACUGACAGAUCUGAUCUAGUUAUUUCGCAUAAAACUGCAAUUCCGGGCGUGCGCCUUCUCUUCCGUGUUACUUGUCGACGAAGCAGCGCGCGCUAAACGGACCCGAAAAGAACGCGAGAACGGUCCCUUCGAGGAUGCCGCUACACCGGUACACACAUGCUAUCCUGUGCAGGAUCCCGUUGUCGUUACGCACGCGGGGUGAAGUAACCUUGGACGAAGCUAGGACGCAGCACCUGGCCUUGGCACAGCUCUUGCGCGAGCUCGACAUUGACGUCGUUGAGAUGCCGCCGGACGAGAAUUCGCCGCUCUGCGUCUUCGUCGAGGACGUCGCCGUCGUCUGCAACGGCAUCGCUCUGAUUGCACGGCCGAACGAGCCGUCACGUCUUAAGGAGCUUGACACCAUAAGAACUGUCUUGAAAAAAGAACUAGAAAUACCACUCAUCGAAAUAAGCGACAAGAAUGCUCGCCUAGAUGGUGGAGAUGUCCUUUUCACUGGUAGAGAAUUCUUUGUUGGACUAUCUCACUUUACCAACGAGGCAGGAGCACGAGCAGUCGCUGCAGCAUUUCCAGAAUACCCUUGUGUACCUAUCAAGGUGGGUGAUGGUGGCGAAGAGGUGAUAGUGGAGAGUCUUACCUCAGCCCCUCUUCAGGUGGCCGAAUCUAAACGCUUGAAAGCGCUGGUUACAAUGGCCGGGCCGGAUGUUAUAUGCGUAGGAGCUGGAAAAGAAUCUCAGGAAGUUCUCAAGAGGAUCGAACGAGAAGCGACGUACAGUUAUCAAACGUUAACUGUGCCUGAGGAUGUAGCUGCAAACGUGCUCUACGUGAACGGCACGCUCAUUCAUCGAUCGGAAAACGAAAUCCCACAGUCGAGUAAGGUGUUCGCCGAGAAGGUGGAGUUCCCGACCAGAUCGCUGCGUAUGUCCGAAUUGGCGAAAGUCAGCUCAGGUUUGUCCUCAUGUUGCUUAUUGGUGCGUAGACCGCGGCAUAUUCGCAGCAUUUAAGCGAUGACAGGGAAGCGAGAUCUAUACUUCGCGAUUAAUUACGUUACUCGCGAAGACGAGAUGUAAAAUCGAGCUCUCUUUUUUUUUCGUUUUAUACAAAACACAUGACGAUGUGGUAUUAACGUAUAAUAUAUUCCGACAAUUUGACAAAUAUUUCCUUAAGUGAUUAUUUCAAAGAGUUUCCAUAUUAAUAUUGAGUUUCUAUAUUAAUAUUUUGAAAGAAAAAGAUACAGUAUUUGUGAAGAGAUUAAUAUAUAAUAUAUUACACAUAUAUAAUCUUUUUAUAUAUGUUUAGAUUAAGAGUAAUAUAUAUUUUCAGAUUUUUUAUAUCAGAUUUAUUUAUAUCUAUGCUUUUGCAAGGACGAGCUCUAUGCUUGCCAUUUAUUUAAAUUUCUCGUUCUUUUGUACACAUAAUUUUUAUUUUCGACGGCAGCUGUGGAUCUGUUUAAAAAUUUAUGUACCGGAAUUUUCUCGUAUUUUAUUUUCCUAUUUUAUGCAGCUAUACUCCUUUCUGCGAUAUUUCAAAAAAUAUACUAUAACGAUAAGACUACAUUUACAGCCCGUAAUCUCCUCGACGUGAUUGAACUUUACGAUUAGGGCACAUACCAUGAUAUGGCACAAAUUCAAUUUUAUAUAUAAAUAAAAAAAAAUAUAUAUAUACAUAUAUUUAAGGGGUUGGAAUAUUGAUCUAUUAAUAAUGCAGAACUGAAUCAAAAUUAACUUGUAAUUCAAACUAUAUAAUUAAGAGGAUUAUAUAGUUAUAUAAACAAUACAUUAAUCAAGAACGCACUGGUAGCAUUGAUAGAUUGUUUGUAACUUGCGAAACUUCCACAUAAUUAGAGGAAGACAUAUGUGAUUAUAGACUAUCAGUAUUCCGACUCCUGCAAUGCAUCUACUGCAACUAGUCUGAAACGUGUUCACGAAACAUUCAAAUAAAUAUCUAUCACCUAAUAAUGUAUCGCAACGUUACUCGUAUGUAAGAGCACUGAUAGUUGUUAUUGUGGUGUCACACGUUAUAACGAAGUUACGCAAUUAAAAGUUUAAACAGAAAUCGACGCGAAAUUUCUGUAUGAUAAAAUUUAAUACACGUACGAGACGCUGUGUAACACGCUUGGGCUGUUCUUGGAUCACGAUACGUGUGCGACCAAGUGUAUCGUAGUAAUUAAAAAAAAAUAUAUAUAUAUAUAUAUAGUAUAUAGAAUUACACACGAGAGAUCUAUCUUAUCUCUCUGUCUUGCUCUGUAUUAACGCUAAAAAGCGUUGCUAUGACGAUUUAGUAUUUUAUACAACAAUAACAACGUAUCAAUCUCGUAACCAUAAUGCUCUCUGUAGUGCUGUUACAACUUCUGUACGUGUUCGAUCUGCAUUUUAAACGUCAGCGUUUAGUUUUUAUACUAUUUUUCACGACGAAACGUAACGACGGAUAAAACCGCUUUUGUAACAAACAUUGUAUUAAGAUUAUAAGAUUAAUGAGAAAUAGACGAAUCUUUUAAUUCCGUUAGUUAUAGCGCAGUAUUUAUAGGAUACACAUAGGUUCUUUAUAUUCGACGAUCGUCGAAUUUAUAUAAGUUCACAUAGAAAUAUUAAAUUUUUUAAUAAAAGAUAUGUGACCUUCUUAAGUGUAUCGACUCGUGAGAAGGUAUCGAUCUUCUAAAGUUUAUAAUAAAAUUGUUCCUCCUAGAA